AUAUUGGAGGAUUAUCGUCGAGAAUUCGUAAGUUCAUAUAAGUAAUAGGACUACUUAUUUUUACUUUAAAGUUUUAUUCGAAAAAUGAAUGUUUUCUCAGGUUAGAAUUGUUAAUCAAGUUGGAGGAGCAAACGCUAAAGAGUACACGGAAAGAGUAUUCAAUAAAAUAUUCGCACCAUCAUUUGCGGCAGAUAAUACUUGGGAAGGCAAGAAAACUAAGUAUAAAAUUAAUGACUUGAAAUUAAUUAAAAUUUGCGAAGAGGUGAUACUGAAAAAAUAUCCUUCGUGGGACAGUGGCGAAUUUUCUAAAGUCGGAAUCAAUUGGUUCCGAUUAGGCAAACAAAGAGCAGGUCAACAACCGGGGCAGAAACAAAAGCAAAAUAAGCAUUUAAAGGACGAGGAUGCAAGAAAAGAUUGAGGAUAUAUUCUUAUAUGUAUAUAACAUAUUUUUAUAUUAAAUAUAAUUUAUUAUACUUGGUUCAUGAAUUCGUUCUAAUCCCAAUUAGUUGCAUGAUGUAGCUACAGAAACAAAAUUAUAUUUCUUAAGUGAAGGUCUUGUCUUUAUUUCGAGUGAAAGUUUUGUACUAUCUGUAACACAUAUUUACCUCAUAUUUAUUUCCUAAAUGCAUAUACAUAUGCUAUUCCUAUAAAAA